AUGAAGAUCGCAGUAUUUCUCUUGAUCUCCUGCAUAUCCGCGUGUCUGGCGAACCCGUUGGAGAAGCUGGACAAGAUGAGCGUCCUCGAGCAGCAGUCCGUGACGCUAACGGAUCGAGCGAAGUACGAAGAGGAGCUGCUUCGUAAACUGAAUUCGAAGUGCUCUCAGAACGACGUCAGCAGCUGCGUGAUGCUGAAGCUGGUGACGUACAUGAACAAGCUUCUGAAGAAGGCGUCGAUCGAGUUGACCGACGACAUCGAGAUCAGAAAAACCAGCCAAGCGUCCGAGGAGGUGAUCACGUUCGAGGCUGGCAGAAGCAAAGACGACGAGUCCGAGGUCCUCGACCUUGUCGCGAACAAGGUGUACUCGUUCAUCAAGUCUAGGAGCAUCAAGUGGAGGAUUCUUCCUGAGGACGAUGUUGUCGUUUCCGCAUCGGAGGAUGAGAACGGGUCGCUGAAUCUGGGCCUGUCUAUUGAACGCGCGGACAACGUUCCUGUGCAGGAUGGUCGUGGGAAGAAGAACAACAACAUGGGUCCCCUGAUCGCCGCAGCAGUGCUAAAGAUCGGUCUGAUCGGAGGUCUAGCCUUCAAAGCACUCGCACUCUUAGUCGGCAAAGCGCUCCUCCUCUCUAAAAUCGCACUCCUCCUAGCCGGUAUAAUCGGCCUGAAGAAGCUGUUCUCGCAACAGAAGCACGUCACGUACGAAGUAGUCGCCCAUCCACAUCACAGCUCCAGCCAUACCUUCAGUUCGGACCACGGUCACGGUGACAGUUACUCGAGCGGAUGGGCCAGAAGUUUCCACGGUCAAGGUCCCAUUUCCGGUCAGACCGACGCUCACGAUUUGGCCUACUCGGCCCAUGCCAAGUGAUUCGAGAUCCACUCGAUGAU